AUGGAGAUCCAGCGGUGGAGUACAAAGCGCGUACAGCGCCGUCUCCCUGGCACCAGUAAGCUGCUGUACAGCCAGAGCGAGGAGCGCUAUUACAUGGAGAGAGACGACGAAUCACUCAACCUGCUGGACGACAAGGCAGAUAAAAUCAAGAACCCCAACUCCCUGCAGAACUCUCUACAGAGCGGCAAGUGGCAGCUGGGAUUCCAAGCAAUGUCCUUUGACCUCUAUGCGAAGUACGGUAACAACCGUACCCUGAGCUUGGUGAGUCCCAAGAAGCCAUACUACCAGUGGCGCCUUCGUGUCCCGUCGGGUCAUGUGGUGCGUCUGGUCGUCCUCACCCUGCACGGAGCCACACCCGGAAGCUGCUCCUCCCACAAACUGUCUGCCUACGACUUCCUGUUGCCACUACAGAACAAGAUCAUUGCCAGGUGGUGUGGUCUCCCAGUGUCUGGCUCAUCUCCUGUAAUGAAGCUGACGUCGUCUGGUAACGUGAUGCUGGUCACCUUCUCCUUCAGCAGACAGAGAGAUGGAGCCAUCUUCAAGGCCUACUUCCAGGCCAUCCCCAAAGCAGGUUGUGGAGGCUCUCUGUCCUCCUGGAAUGGCUCUCUGUCCUCUCCGUACUACCCUGCCCACUAUCCCCCAAACAUCGACUGCAGCUGGACCAUACGGGCGCCGUUGCCUGGAUACCUGAUCUCCAUGACGAUUGUGACGUUGAACAUCCAGGACUCUUCGUCUUCGGACGGCUGUGAGAAAGACUGGCUGGACAUUGGAGGGGUCAAGCUGUGUAACCCUAUGACUGACAGCAGCAGAAAGAAGACCUACUCCUCUCCUGUCUCUCUACACUUCCACUCUGAUGAAUCUGUCACUCACAAGGGCUUCUAUCUUCUCUACAGAGCCUUCUCCCCUGAGAGCACGUGUCCUCGUCAGUUCCGCUGUGGGGAUGGGAGGUGUGUUCCUCUCAGGAAGGUGUGUGAUGGAGUCAGAGACUGUUCAGACGGACGGGAUGAGGCUAAAUGCUCGACCUGUCGUCCAGGUGAGGUGUAUUGUGGGAACGGUCAGUGCCGGCCUCACAGCAGCCAGUGUAACAGCCAGAGUAAAUGUGGAGAUAGCAGCGAAGAGGCCGACUGUGCAGGUCAAUGCUACCACAUGUGCCACAACAAGGUGUGUGUCUCCAAGUCCUCAGUCUGUGAUGGUGUCAUAGACUGCAAGGACCGCAGUGAUGAGAUCAACUGCACUAAAGCAUUCCAUAAGGGCUGCUCUCCAUCCUCCUAUAAGUGUGCCAAUGGGAAGUGUGUGAAUAAGAUCAACCCAGAGUGUGACGGCGUCAAAGACUGUUCUGAUGGAUCAGACGAGACGCGCUGCGGUUGUGGCACCCGGCCCAGGAAGCGUGCUAAGAUAGUGGGCGGGUCUGAUGCGGGGACGGGGGCGUGGCCGUGGCAGGUCAGUCUACAGAUGGAGCGUUAUGGGCAUGUGUGUGGAGCGACCCUGGUAACCAGCCGCUGGCUCGUCUCUGCUGCACACUGCUUCCAGGACUCUGACACCAUCAAGUACUCUGAUGCGCGGUCGUGGCGUGCCUACAUGGGCGUGCGUGUGAUGAACACGGCCAGCAACGCUGCAGCCACCAGACAGAUCCGUCGUAUCAUCCUCCACUCCCAGUACGACCAGUUCACCUCUGACUAUGACAUCGCCCUGCUGGAGCUCAGCACCCCUGUCUACUUCAAUGACUUGGUACAGCCCGUCUGUGUCCCCGCCGCUUCCCACGCCUUCACCACCGGGACCAGCUGCCACGUCACGGGCUGGGGGGUCCUGAUGGAGGAUGGUGAGUUGGCAUCUCUGCUGCAGGAAGCCACAGUGAAGAUCAUCAACAGGAACAACUGUAACAAGCUAUAUGAGGACGCUGUUACUCCCAGGAUGCUGUGUGCUGGCAACCUGCAGGGAGGAGUGGACGCCUGUCAGGGUGACUCAGGGGGUCCUCUGGUGUGUCUAGAGAGGGGUCGGCGGUGGUUCCUGGCGGGGAUCGUGAGCUGGGGGGAGGGGUGCGCUCGGCAGAACCGCCCUGGAGUCUACACACAGGUCACCAAGUUCACAGACUGGAUCCACCUGCAGACUAAAGGACAGGUCUGA